AGCGCGGUCACUUGGCGAUCUGCUUUGAGGAAGCGCAUGUGCAAAACGUAAACAAAGUGUUUUGGGUAAUCUCACACCCAAAUUGUAAUUUUUCGUGGAGAAUUUCUGUAAUCAGAAAUAGAGUAGGCUACAACAAAACAACAGGCAUUGCCAGCUGGUGAGAUUAUGGAGAAAGAUGACGGUACCAGAGAAGACAACCAGUCACAAGUCAAGAACUCAGUCAGCAUGGAGAAGAACUGCUGCAACGAGGACACUUUCAGGCUUCACAUGGUCACGUGGAAUGUCGCUACAGCUGAUCCUCCAGAUGACAUCAGCUCCUUGCUUCACCUGAACUCCCCAAAGACCCCAGACCUCUACGUGAUUGGUCUCCAGGAGGUGUACGCUGCUCCUCACAGGUUCAUCAUAGACAUGGCCGUUGAGGACUCCUGGAGCCAUCUCUUCAUGUCCAGCCUGGCACCACGAGGCUACCUGAAGGUGUCAUCCAUCCGAAUGCAGGGCCUCCUGCUGCUGUUCUUCUCCAAACUGGCCCACGUUCCAUUCAUUAGAGACAUCCACGACACCUACACGCGCACAGGCAUCUUCGGCUACUGGGGGAAUAAAGGCGGGGUGUCCAUCCGCCUGUCUUUCUACGGCCACAUGCUCUGCUUCCUCAACUGUCACCUGGCGGCACACAUGCAGUACGCCUCGCAGCGCGUCGACGAGUUCGAGUACAUCCUGGACACGCAGACCUUCGGCACCAAAAAGGCCCCCCACGUCCUCGACCACAAGCUGGUCUUCUGGUUUGGGGAUUUGAACUUCCGCAUCCAAGAUCACGGCAUGCAUUUUUUGCGCAACUGCAUCACCAGCCAUAAGUUCAACUUGCUGUGGAGCAAAGACCAGCUGACUAUGAUGAAGAAGAAGGAGGCUGUCCUGCAGGAGUUUGACGAGGGACCUCUGGACUUUCAACCGACGUACAAAUUUGACAGGUUCUCUGACCGCUAUGACAGCAGUGGUAAGAUGCGUAAGCCGGCUUGGACAGACCGGAUCCUGUGGAGGGUGAAGCCUAAAGAGUCACCCCCAGAGGAGGAGAAGGACGAGGACAGGGACUCUGGCCUGGAUGAGAAGAACACCAAGCAGCAGGAGGAGGAGGAAGAGUUCCCUCUGAAACUCAAGCAGGAUUCGUACACCAGCAACAUGGAGUAUGGCGUCAGCGACCACAAGCCUGUCAUCGGCGUCUUUACCUUGGAGUUGAGGAAGAUGUACGAGACGCCGUUGGUGCGCGUGUGUGCCGAGGGUGAAUGGAGCGCCGACUUUGACGCCAUGGUGAUCUACAGCCCCCUCCAGCCCUUCCCUUCUAGCGCCUGGGACUGGAUCGGCCUCUACAAGGUGGGAUUCAGGAGUGUUUCGGACUACAUUACCUACACCUGGGUGAAGGAUGAUGAGGUCUCAUUUAAUGACGAGCUCACCCAGGUCUAUGUGAGCAAGGAUGAGAUUCCGGUGCUGGGAGGGGAGUGUGUGCUCUGUUACUACUGCAGUACGCUCCAAUGCAUUGUGGGUAUUAGCUCACCCUUUAAGGUACAAGAGUCCAAAGUGGCCAUUGAGGAAGGUCUAGCGCCGGAGAACAUCAACGGCCUUGACAAGGCCACAGCCAGUUAGGACCUGUGAGUGGACCAGACAUGCCCUCGAACACUCUCACACAGUCUUUCCGUCUAUGCUGUUACACACCUGCCCUUUUGACCUUUGGUUGCCUGUCUGCAAGCUGCGGUGCUGCUGGAGUCAUGGAAUGUUACUUAGAAAUGAUAGGCUAGUGCACUUUGAAUUUAAUGAAUCGUACUGUUUAGCUGUCUUGUUCGCCACUGCCAGUUGUGGUGGCAACAGUAACCUGUGUGUUUAUUUCUGUUCUGUUCAGAUGUUGAUUCCGCUUUUUAAAACCAGCCGCAGAGAGAUAUUGGCAGUGUCGCUUUGAGAAAGGUUCAGUCUUAGUUUUGUUCAGUGUAUUUUUUUGUUGUUGUCGGUGUUUGUCUCUUUGGAUUCAUACAGAACACAUUGGACAUUGUCAGAUGUUCCAGGUAGCUUGUACAAAUGUUGAACAUUGACAUCAAAGUCGUGGCUGUUUCACUUGAACAUUUGACCAAUCAUCUAAUGAUAUCAUAAAUGCAUGAUUAUCUCAUAAUUAUUUUUAAAAUAAUGGUUUAUAUAUUUUUAUUUUCCCCUUGCAAACUUAGUUGUCUGUUAACAAAAACCCUUUGUGCUAUGCUAUUCCAUUUCAAUGCAAUUUCUAAUAGAGGAUAUGUUUGAGAAAUACAGUGAGCGCCAUAAUUCAUUGGACAGUGACCAUUUUCUUUGUUAUUUUGGUUCUGUACUCUAGCACUUUGAGUUUGAAAGGAUACAAUGACAAUGAGGGUGAAGUGCAGACCGUCAGCUUUAAUUUGACGCUAUUUUCAUACCUGUCGGAUGAAUCGUUUAGAAAUUACAGCACCUUUUGUACAUGGUCCUCCCCCCAUUUUACUACAAGUAUUUGUUGAAUUGCUUCACAGAUGUGUGUCGUUAGGCAGGUGUAUUCAUUUGUGUCGUUUGUGAAUGCAGGAGAGCUGUUGGUGAAGAGUAUUGAUUCUAGACUUUGCUAUUGCCUUUGGAGGUUGUCGUUAGGGUGUGGCAACAUGAGGAAGACAGCCGUGUCGAUGCAAAUGAGGCUGGCCGUCAUAAGGAUCAGAAAUGAAAAUCAAUCAAUCAGGAACAUUGCAAAAACCCUGGGCAUGCCCAAGUCAACAGUUUGGUUCAUCAUUAACAAGAAAAAAACAACUGGUGAACUCAAUUAUGUCAAAAGACCCGGUAGACUGAGGAAGACCACUGUAGUGGAUGACUGGAGAAUAUUCUCUAUGGUGAAGAAAACCCCCCUGACAACAGCCCAACAGAUCAGAAACACUCUCCUGGGUGCAGGUGUAGAUGUGUCAAAGUCUACCAUUCGUAGACAACUACACCAGCAGGACUACAGUGGGUACACUACAAGAUGCAAACCACUGAUAAACCUGAAGAACAGAAAGGCCAGAUUACCAUUUGCUAAAAAGCACCUAAAAGAGCCCCAACAGUUCUGGAAAGAAGUUUUGUGGACAGAUGAGACGAAGAUUAACAUGUACCAGAGUGAUGGAAAGAGUUUUUUGGGGAAAAAAGACUCAUGAUCCAAAGCAUACCAUCUGUGAAACAUGGUGGAGGGGGUGUUAUGGCUUGGGCCUGUAUGGCUGCCAGUGGAACAGGCUCACUUGUCUUCAUCGAUGAUGUGACUGCAGACAGAAGUAGAACAAUGAAUUCUGAGGUCUACAGAAAUAUUUUAUCUGCUCAGAUAAAAGCAAAUGCCUCCAAACUCAUUGGGCGGCACUUCAUCAUGCAACAAGACAAUGAACCUGAACAUACUGCUAGAGCAACGAAGGGGUUUUUGAUGGCCAAAAAGUGGAACAUCCUUGACUGGACGAGUCAAUCACCGGAUCUGAAUCCAAUUGAAUGUGCAUUUUACAUGCUGAAGAGGAGACCGAAGGCAAUAAGUCCUCGAAACAAGCAGGAACUGAAGAUGGCUGCAGUACAGGCCUGACAGAGCAUCACCAGGGAAGAUACCCAGCGUCUGGUGACGUCGAUGCGUCACAGGCUUCAAGCAGUCAUUGCAUGCAUAGGAUAUGCGACCAUAUAUUAACAACGAUGACUUUAUUCUACAUUAUGUUAAACUGUCCAAUGUUUUUGAUGCCUGAAAAUGGGGGGGGGGACUAUGAAUUAAAGCUUCUAUAUUUUCUAAUAGGUUCAUCCGAUAUGUAUGAAAAUACCCUCAAAUUAAAGCUGACAGUCUGCACUUCAGCCUCGUUGUCAUGGUAUCCUUUCAAACUCAAAGUGCUAGAGUACAGAACCAAAAAUACAAAACAAUGGUCACUGUCCAAUGAUUUAUGGUGUUCAAUGUAUAUUGCACAAUUUGAUCUUUUUCAUAUUCAUGACCAUAUGCCCUUUUUAUAGAUGUGCGUAAAGGUUACUGGUUUAUGCAUAUUAUUGAAGUAAUUUUAGUUCUAGUCCGUGUGAUUGGGGUUGAAAAGUUAUUUAAGAAAAAGUGGAUUCAACAAGUGCCUCAAUGUUAACAACCUUUAGAUAACUGUUCAACGGAUACUUUGGUACAAAACUAUGUCAUUCCUAUUUGAUUAUUUAUUGCUGCAUUUGAAAUGUAUGAAUAAUCAGUGUUCUUAUCUUAAAACAUAUGCAGGUCUUGCUUGUGCUGUACGCAUCAACAUUUCAUCUGUAGAACUUCUUGUACUUUUCUGCGACCAAUUUCAGCAUAAGCGAGGUCUGUUCAAAUGUAUUUUAUUAAUGUCUUUAAACGCUUGUACAUUUACUUGUAAAGAUUGUUCAGUAUAUUGAAAAUCAGGAGUGCUCUAUUUUCUCAGUAACAAAUGUGGUAAAUGAAUGAAUACAAAUGUUAUACUGUAACCCAUUUAGGCUUAAAUGAAGUAAAACAUCUAAAUGAU